AUGAGGCGCUCAGCCCGACACAGACCAUCCAAGCUGGCACUCACGCUGUCCCUGUUUUUCCUCAGCACGCUCGCCGCUUCUGCCGACACUUCCUCAUCGACAACGAAUCGCCGCACAUGGAGACCAGACACCGAGCUGCCCGGAGCCAAAUUCGUCCUCGGCGACGGCAAGAAUGAAGGUACGAAGGUGAAAGGAUACCAAGGAGAGUGGCCUUUGUGGUCUGCGGAAAGGGCCAAGGAGGCAGAUCAAAAAGCGAACGAGGCGGCACAAAAAGCCAAAGAAGCAGCUCCAGGCCCGAAGUCGACCGACACUUCCCCGGCUUCUUCGUCUUCGGCUUCCUCUGACGGACACAAGAGCCCAGCGGCAGAACAAACGACCCACGUCUGCGCACCCAUUGGCGAAUGCGGACCCUGCCCGCAAGACGUCAUCCAUCUGCCCUACUGUCGACCGUACAACAACCGCCGCCGCGUCGCAUGCAGCCCCGUCUCAGACCUCAACGACCCUAAAGCGAUCCAAGCCGCACUCGACGCCGCCAGCACCGCCAGCACAACCGAUGUCGCCGUCGAGCCAAAAGUCCUUCUCGGCCAUGAAGCGUGCGGCAAGUCGGCAAGGCAAGAGGCGAGAGACUACUUUGAGAUGAUUGCGGUGAUUGCGAGCUUGGCCAUCUUCUCAAUAUGGGCUUUUAUCCAGCGUCAGAAACUGCUCUUCAACAGGCAGAGCCAGCAGCUGCAGUCCCGAGUCACGGGUCGUCGCGAAUCAGGCCCCCCACCUUCGAGGGUCGGCAUGGAGUUCGGGGCAAGUUCCAAGGCGGCAAGAAAGAAGCGUGCCGUCCGCCUCGCUCCAUCCUCUCUCGCUCGAUAG